AUUUUCGAAGCCUAUGUGCUUUUGCUUGUGGGACUUUGUUUUCAACUAAAAAUUCUCAAAAUGUCUACCCCAACUGCCCUUGUUAUUUCCCCCUUUGUUCACUGUCCAAAACCCAAAUCAUUUUCUAUUUCAAAAUUGAAUUUCCACCUGCAAUUCAAGCCUUUAUUCCGAAAUAGAAGAUACCCAUCUCCCACUAUGGCAGAUUCAGUCAGAUGUCAAGUCACUGUCGGUGAUGAGGGUGUUGGUGAAGUAGGAAGUCUUGAACAAGAAGCUCUCAUUGAUGGGUUCUCAAAUUCUGCUUCUGGUGGACUCAACGCCACUCUCAAUAGCCUGAGUAAGUGGCUGGUGGCUGCAGUUUUUGGUGUAAUUGUCCUUUGGAGGCAUGAUGGAGAAGCGCUUUGGGCAGCUUCUGGUUCUGUUCUGAAUGUCGGGCUCUCAAAUGUGUUGAAGAGAAUACUAAACCAAGAGCGACCUUUUUCUACUAUGAGAUCAGACCCUGGAAUGCCAUCUUCUCAUGCACAGUCAAUCUUCUAUACAGUUAUGUUCUGUAUUGUCUCAAUGGUCGAAUAUUUUGGCUUAAAUGGAAUCACUGCUGUCAUUAGCGCACUUAUCUUUGCAAUUGGCUCCUACUUUUCAUGGCUACGGGUUUCACAAAAACUUCACACAACCAGUCAGGUAGCCGUGGGUGCCGCUGUUGGAUUCUCUUUUUCGGUUUUCUGGUUUUGGUUGUGGAAUGCAAUAGUCCUGAAAGCAUUUAUGUCCCACUUGUGGGUUCAGCUUAGUAUCCUUCUUGGCACUGCUGCCAUUUGUAUUAGCUUCCUCCUAUAUGUAGUUCGAUACUGGGUUCUUGAGCAAAACUGAUUAUUUAUAUAUAGUGAGAAGUACACACUAAAUUUGAAGGA